ACCAGACCAUCCGUCUCCAGAACCCUUGCUAUAGCUGGCAAUCCAAACCACACAGAAUCCUCACUCUGUCGGGGAAAAGCGCCGCCCGAUAUAUCCUCCCAUCCUUUCCAACCCUCUCCAGUUUCAAAGGACCUCUUUCAACGUUUUCUGCUGUGAAAGUUGUAUACUAGUAUCAGAAAGAAAGCUUGAAAUCGUUUACCAAAUCUGGAUAUUUCAUACUUUCAGUCAUACUACUCUGAAGAAAGGCAUCAGCGCUAAAGCUUAUCUCCUUCUCAGCUGUCCUGUACCCCAAAUUCAGUUAGGUUUACCUUAUUUAUCAGCAUAAGCACACAUACAUCUGUACUUACACUAUAUUCCUUCCUUUCCUUUGCGCCACAGUACCUAGUACAUCUCUUGACAACUUACUUCUUUGCUUUACACCCUCAUAUUUUGCUUCCUUUUUUCGAUCGAAAGACCUGGAAACAAAAUGGCUAAAAAUACUUGCGACGGUGAAGUUUACAUUCGCAAUUUAUCUUCUUUCAUCAAAUCUCAUGAGCGACAGCUAGCAAACGCACUAGUGGCCUAUAAAAAGUUAAACUCAAAAGACCAAGCCAAAAUUACAUCUGGUUCUCAGGAUGGCUCGCACAAUAACAAAGCAAUUCACGAUGGUUUGAGCGGUUCAAGAGAUACUGAUUCAAAGUCCAAUGAAAAGAAAACCAGUAACACAGAUAAAACAACUGGUGGACAGGCAGACACCUAUAACACUGAUAAUGUAAGCAAUAACGAUAGCUCCAAUAUUAAGAGCAACACCGGCACAGAAGGUACGGCUGACUCAAGGAUAGAUGAGGAAGAUAACUUAACCAAAGAAAUCUCAAAACCUGUUAGAUUAUCCUUAUCCCUACACCAUCUUUAUUUCAUUUUAGGGAAACUCCAAGAAUUAGGUAUAGCGGUUGGUCCGAUGAGUUUGAGGUUAGACAAUAUGGAUUCAGAAAACAAUACCAACUAUGUUUCUUUCCUGAGUGAGUUCCAAAGAAACAAGAAAAUUGAUUCAGACUCUCAAUCUAUACACUCAAUUUCAUCGGUCAAGUCAGUGAUGUCAUCUGUUUCUGCUCUUUGGAAUACAUUUAGCUCUUCUUCCAAAAUCGAUAAUACGAUGUCGGACCUCAAAUACCUUUAUUCAGCAUUUUCUAAGUUACCUUGUUUAAGGUUAGCAAAUGAACCAAACGCAAAGUUAAUUGAAGGCCAUGAAGAGUAUCCCUUUGAAACUGCGACACCUAUAGUAAUCUUCAAAAAUCUUCUUGUUUUGGAAAUAUCUGAUUUGGAUCCAAAGGAAAUUUAUGGUUGGAACAUAUUGGCCAAUAGGUUGAGAUAUUUGGUGAUCAAAAAAGCAAACCUGCUAGAUCCUUUUGAAAUAUUGGUAACUCUUGUUGAAGCAGAUUUGUCUGUUCGAAACGAAGACGAUGAUUACACUGAAAAUGAUGAUACCUUUAAUUUCAAAACGGAAAGCAAUCAACCUAUAUUGAAAAGUGAUAACGAACAUUAUGAUGACCUUUUUGUCGAUGACAACAAGCUUACUAAAACAACCUCAAAUGGUAGUGACUUAAACGAACCUUACGAAAAGUUAUCGCAUAGGAACUCAGCGAUAUCUUCUAGUAUUCCUCUUUCUCAUUCUUCACUUAGUUUGGUUUCGUCAUUAUCUACAACUAAAAAUCACACUUCCCCUACUCUAUAUCAACCUCAAAAUUUUUCUUCAUCUCAACAUGCUCUUAAUUCAUAUCACUUGCCUCCUCAUGCAACCAUUAAUUCUCAUACCAAUUCUUACUCUCAUGGUCAUAACUAUAAUCAUGGACACUACCAUCAUUAUCAUCACAAUCCGUUGUCAUCCGAGAGUCUCGCAUCCUUUUCUACAUCGCCGACGGCAACCUCCUACUCUUCAAAUUAUCAUCCAAGCAGAUUAUAUGCUGAGGACAUAUUGACGGCAAAUUCUCAGCAGUCUACCCUGUCGUCUUCUGUACACUCCAGUAGAAGAUCUUAUUAUUACAAGCCACAGAAAAAGUCACGCCGCUCAAGGGGCUCAUCAUCAAUGAUAGUAAACGCCAAUAAUGGAAUGACACCGAUUGCCACCACGAUUUCUCAAAGUUUAACAAGCAACAGCUUGAAAUUAGUUGGUGAUACUGGACCCACAGAGCUUCAAGUUAAAGCUGACUCUUCGAAUAGAAAUGAGGAACUGAAUACUUCUAUCAAAAAAGGGGUUUUAAGGAAUGGAACAGAUGAUAAAAAUUUUCCAGAAUCUCAAAAUUUUGACACAUCAAGCAAAUCUUGGAAGCUUCUCAAACAUCUCUCAUUGACAGAUAACAAAAUUGAAAAGAUUUCAUUAAACUCUUUUGACCAUUUAAGUAAUUUAACUUUGCUUGAUCUUUCUUAUAAUAAUCUAACAACCAUUCCAGGUGAGCCUUUUUCAAAAUUAGUCAACUUAAAAACUCUCAAUUUGUCAUUUAAUAAACUUUUGACCUUGGAGAAGUUCCCAAAGUCGCUUAAAAAGUUAACAGUGUUGAAUCUGAGGGGUAACAAAAUUUCUGAUCUUGAUUCAAUUGAAAAUCUUUCACUUCUCCAAAAAAUUGAUUUACGGCAAAAUAAACUUCAUAAGGUGAGUAAUUUGAAGCCUCUUUUAUUAUUAAAUAAAGAUAAAGUUUUAUUAUCUUCUGUGCAGUUACUAGGAAAUCCAAUAGCUAAGAGCAGGGGUUACCGUGUUGAGUUAUUCAAUUUGUUUAAUGGCGUUGACUAUUCAAAUACUGUGAGAAUUGACGGCUCUAGGCCAGGAAUAUUUGAAAGCAGAAUGCUAUUAGACGAGAAAACGUCAAAAAUGAGGUUCAAGAAUUACAUGGAUGAAAGCAUCAUAAGCAAAAUGACAGCUAGUGUCUCAAACAUGAACCUAAGUAAUAUAAUUAAUCACAGCACGAAAACUCAAUUACCAUUUUCCAACUCUAAAGGCAUUGCUUCAAAUACACCUCACUCUAAGACUUUGAGAGAAAAUUCUUUCAGCUCAAAAUCGGAUCUUAAAAAGAAUGAUAGUCACGAAAUAAAUACCCCCGUUCUUGAUCAAAUGACCACGUCUAUUACGGUGCAGCCUGAUGGUAACAGCCGAUCAUUUAAUAGAACUUCCGUAUCAUCCAUAAAGAAUCCCAAUGGUUUAUCCAAAAAUCACGAGAAAGACCAAAUCAGUAGUUUGUUGAGGAACAGUGCAGCUAUUGAAACUGAGGAUGCAAAUACCCAGCCAGUAUCAGAUAAUGCCACAACUAUUUCAGCUGGCUCAUUUGCUCCUCCGACUAUAGCACCUGGUGAGAGCUGUCAGAUUUCUCCUUCACCUUCGAUGUUGUCAAUUAGAAAUCCUGUGACAGUAAGCUUUCUAAACUCUAACACGAACUCCAAUGGCAAUUCCAAUGACCUGGCCAGUAUAGCAAUCAGUAACGGUAACGGGAUGUCCGAUCUCAAUGCACCUAUAAACCGUUCUGUACCUCAUUCUCAAAGAGCAUCUAAUGAUUUUUCUGCCACUAGCUCGAUUGUCACCAGUAGCACCGCAACUGCCAAUGUUGAUAACAAUCCUAUUGCAAGACUAUCUCUUGCAUCUCCUGCGCUACCUGUUAUCACCCAAGCAACCACAACCACAAUGACAAUAACAUCUGUUACAAAUCCGGCAGAAUCUAGGAACAUCAAUAAUGAAUCAUUAAGGCCCGAUUAUUUUGCCAUUAACAAAGGUAAGGAUAGCAGCGAAAAUAAAGAGAACGAGUUGACUCAUGCAGCUAAUGAGGACUCAAAAUUAUCCGGUGAAGAUUUCAGUUCUGGCCUGAAAAUUAGUGUUAUUUGAUUUACACAAGAGCAAUUACAUUGCCUUCCAUUUGCAUACCAUCAUUUGUAUAUUAUUUAAUCUCUUCCUUUUGCUAGAUCAAAUGAUCUACUUGUCAGUAUUACGCCAUCUACUAUUUAUAAAUUAAUAAAGACGAAUCAAAAUUAGUUCUAGC